GUUUUAUUUGUUUCCCAGGGACUCUGACAUAUCAUCGAAGCUCGCCGGAUGCUUUGGAUCCAACUAUAGCAAUCUAAUACUACUAUGAGCGCUAUCUUUCAAAACAUACUAUCCCACCCAGAGAUCGCAGCCAUCUGGUCAGAUACCGGACGGACUUCAUUCUACCUCGAGUUCGAGCGUGCCUUGGCACUCGUGCAGGCAGAUCUGGGAAUAAUUCCUAGGGAGGCCGCAGAUGCGAUAGCAGAAUUCUGCAGUGACGUAUCCAACGUUGACCUUGAGGACCUCAGGGAACAGACCGAGAAAAUCGGUUACCCUGUAUUAGGUCUAGUCAAGCAAAUCGUGCGCCAUGUGAAUGCCAAGGCGCCCGGUUGCGGUGAAUGGGCUCACUGGGGCGCUACGACCCAGGACGUUACGGAUACCGCUACGGUCCUCCAACUCCGCCAAACCGUGGGCAUCAUCACCGCCUCACUUGAUGCGAUCAUCAUCAAUCUUCGCAGUCUCGCAAAUGCUCACAAAGCCACGCCCAUGGCCGCAAGAAGCAACCUCCAACAAGCUGUUCCCAUAACUUUCGGUUUUAAACUUGCUCGUCUCUUGUGCACGUUCCAGCGACACCAUGAACGACUCUUACAACUCAAACCUCGCCUCUUCGUCCUCCAGUUCGGUGGUGCAGCCGGCACUCUGGCUACCCUUCCCGCUGACAAAGCUUUGCAGUGUCAGGCAGCACUUGCACAAGCCCUCCAGCUCGCACCUCCAGAAAUUGCCUGGCACACAGAACGAGACCGGUUCGCCGAACUGGCUGGGUUCUUCACGCUACUUUCCAGCACCUGCGCCAAGUUCGCAUUGGACAUGAAACUUCUCAUGCAAUCGGAAAUUGGAGAAGUGUCGGAACCAUUCUACGAGCAUCGCGGCUCAUCCUCUACUAUGCCACAGAAGAGGAACCCCAUUUCAUGUGCAUACGUAUCUGCCAUCGCAACUGCAGUGCGGCAAUAUUCGACCACCAUUUAUGAAGCUAUGGUCGCGGACCAUGAACGCUCAACAGGGCCAUGGGAGGUUGAAUGGAUUGUUUUACCAGAAAUUUGCACUCUAACAGGUGCUGCCCUUAAACAUACACGAGACCUUGUGGCAGGUUUGCAAGUCCAUCCCGAAACUAUGAUGAGGAACUUGGACAUCACCAAAGGAGGGAUCGUUGCGGAGGCUGUCAUGAUGGGACUCGCGCCACAAAUCGGGAGGCAAGUGGCGCACGACGUGGUGUAUGAGAUAUGUCGGCAAAGCACAGAAAACAACGUGGACUUGCUCCACCUCCUGUGUGCAGACGAACGUGUGAUGUCAGCAGGACUUUUAAAGGCGCGACUUGAACAACUGUGCGAUCCGAAGAACUACUUAGGCCUUUCGGUCGAGAUGGUCGAACUACGUAGCGGACAUGAAAACCCCCCCGGAGCUUUUGAAGAUUUCAGAGAACCUUUGACAUGGAAUCGGCUACCGGUCCCAGCCGACCUCUGGGAAACGACGCAACCUACUCGAGUUACGAAGUCGAAGGGAUCGCUGAAACAUAUGAUCUUCAAAUAGCCCACCAUCUUCCCAAGGUUUUCUGGAUGGCGUAUUCCAAAAACUGUCGACUUCCAUACGAUACACUGGUUGCUGUACAUGGGCGCGCACCGAUCAGACACGACGUACUCGAACGGCUCCAGUCCAACUCAAUUUGGGCUGAAGCAUGCAAAUUUGUCGAUCAUUCUUUCCAAGUGUGGACCAUCUUAUCUGCCAUGAUGCAUGAUAUGCCUUGCGGCUUGACCGCCGAACCAUUACAAUUGUGCCAUUGGUUUCUUGCAAACAUCAUACUUUCAGGGGGUGGUCACCCACGGG